UGGGCUGCCGUGAGCACGCCGGCCGAGCGAGGGAGUGGAGAGAGUGAAAAGGAAGAGAAAGAGCUGGAGACGCAGCCUGCCAGAUCCGCCAUGUUGUUGUUCUCUUCCUCUGUAGACAGCCCGAUUGGCUGCAUGCGCAGAAUCGGCUUACUCGACAUGGUACAACUCGAUGCUGCGCGCAAAGUUUUUCCUCCUCGACCGUUGUUCAGCCGAUGCCAGCCGAUGAGAGCAACUGGCAACGCUGAUCCAGGUUGA